AUGAAAUGGGCACGCCAACAAGGAUUCCCUUGGGAUGAGUUGACAUGUGGCUAUGCUGCUCAAAAUGGACGGCUGGAAAUGCUCCAAUGGUUACAAGAGAAUGACUGUCCAUGGAAUGAAACUACAUGUGGGCAUGCUGCUAAAAAUGGACAUUUGGAGGUUCUAAAGUGGGCUCGUGAUAAAGGUUGUCCAUGGGAUCCACGUACAUGCCAGUUUGCCGCUCAAAAUGGACAUUUGGCAGUUUUAAAGUGGGCUCAUGAAAAUGGCUGUCCAUGGAAUGCAUGGACAUGUGCUAAAGCUGCUAAAAGUGGACAUCUGGAAAUUCUAAGUGGGUCUGAAAUGUUGUCCAUGGAAUGCAACUACAUGUGACUGUGCUGCUCAAUUUGGACAUUUGGCAGUAUAAAGUGGGCUCGUGAAAUGGUUGUCCAUGGGAUGAACGGACAUGCUCAUGUGCUGCUGCAAAUGGACAUUUGGAAAUUCUAAUGUGGGCUCGUGCAAAUGGUUGUACAUGGAAUGCAAAUACAUGUACAAUGCUGCUCAAUUUGGACAUUUCACAGUUUUAAAGUGGGCUCGUGAAAUGGUUGUCCAUGGGAUGAAUGGACAUGCUCAUGUGCUGCUGCAAAUGGACAUUUGGAAAUUCUAAUGUGGGCUCGUGCAAAUGGUUGUACAUGAAUGCAAAUACAUGUACCAUGCUGCUCAAUUUGGACAUUUCACAGUUUUAAAGUGGCUCGUGAAAAUGG